CAACUACUAGUAGCCAAUGACAACACCUAGAGCUACCUAGACGAGCUACAUCAUCUGAGUUUCAGAGAGACUGGGAUGGUUUCAAGGGGCAGGGAUCUGAAUACGGAAGUUCACACAACAGCUAAGAAACCUUUGUAGCUAACCAACUACUCUCAUGGGAGCUGUGUCUAGUAGGUACUAUGAAGUUUCGAUUGCACUUUGUGGUGGACCCCAAGGGAUGGCUCUGCAUUAGUAUGGUGUUUGGCGUCUGGCUUUACAACACUGUCUUUGUUCCCAAGUUGGUGCUGCUUCCACAUUACAAUGAAGGACACAUCCCCUGGGCCUUAGUUGUCUGUUAUUACAUAGCGUCAGCCUUAUGUGUAACAGCCCUGUUAAGGGCAUCCACUGCUGACCCAGGACAACUUCCACAUGACCUCAAAAUACCUCAGUCAGAGCAAGAGAACUGGCAGCUCUGUAACAAGUGCAACCGGAUGAGGCCUAAAAGGUCCCACCAUUGUAGCCGAUGUGGUCACUGUGUACGCAAGAUGGACCACCACUGUCCUUGGAUCAAUAACUGUGUAGGGGAGGACAACCACUGGCUCUUCUUGCAGCUCUGCUUUUAUACUCAGGUCCUCAGUUUGUUCACUCUGUUUCUGGACUUCUGUCAGUACUACUACUUCCAACCCCUGUCUAAGCUGGAUCAGGAGUUCACCACUCUCCACGAGGUGGCCUUGCUCCGAGGGUCAGCUAUCAUGGGGCUGAUGAUGUUUGGAGGAAUGAGCAGUCUCUUUCACACCCAGAUUACCGGCAUCCUCUCAGACACAACCGCUAUUGAGAAGAUGUCUCAAUUCACAACUGACACAUGCAGGUCAAAGAAAUCCUGGCAGUUGGCUCUGGCGGAGGUGUUUGGGACAAGUUGGAAAAUCCUCUGGUUUCUCCCUCUGAGAAAGAGACAACCACUUCGACUCGCAUAUCACUUUGUGUAGACAGAGAUACAUUUAAAGAGCCUCUGUUGUGCCAUGUAAACGGAGAGACUCUUGGUUUGAGACGCGCAUUUGAGCUUGAAGUGUCAGUACUGGUUAAAGUCUGUAAGAGUUGACUGGUCAACAUGCGUGGUCUAUUCUGUUGCUUAUAGGUAAACACAUGGGAUGUAGUCUUUUGAGAAAUGCCUUUGCUUUAGUCUUCACUCAAAUGGCAUUGGCUGAAGGGAUAUCUCCAGUUUCAGGUUGAUAAAAAGUGGCCUUAACUUAUUUUAUUCAAAAGGCCUAUUUGCUUGGAAAUUAAGAACAUUAGUAGUCUUAUUUGAUUUCAGUAGUUGUCCUUUUUGUCUUUAUUUCUAUGGUAGAGUAGCUGCUGUCAAAUAAGUGCCUUUAAUUUACUGCCACACAAUUACAUACAAUUUGAUGUAUAAGCAUUUUUCUGAAAGCCCAUUCAAGUUGAGCUUGAAAUUACUGGCUAACUAUUGUAAGUAAAGUUAAUGUUUAUUAUUACAUCAUAUAAGCACAAAAAUAGCGUAACACUUAAAAUUGCUUAACAACAACCUUUCUGCAUUAUAUUCAGGGUAUUCUGCAAACUUGGUGAAUUAGCCAUCAAAUGUUAAAAAAAAGGACUACUUUUGCAUUAUCUGGACCUUAACAUAGAGGUACUACUCUUUUGACAUGGGUUUACCUAUACUCAUUUACUUAAAUUUGCCUAAUGUAUUGUAGAUUAAGUGUGUGCGUGACUCUUUCUGCCUGUUAAACUUAAUGCUGUGGUGGGAUGGUGAGAGCUGCUGAGAUCAAAUCUUGCAACAACCACCAGUAUCCAUGUGAAGAACAACAAUGCACUGAUGUCGUCAGUGGUAUGAAGGAUUUUGACAGAGGAUUUAAAUGUACAGUUACAGAGAACGACUGUUCCAAUGCCUCAUCUUUAGCGGAUGCAUGAAAGCAUACUUGACAAUCCUGCGCAUUUGUAUUGUGAAAGUUUGUGUCUUUAAAACAAAGAAGACAAAUAAAAACAAUUACAAUUUAUUUAUGAAGGAAUGUAUCCUGUAUAGAGAUAAUAAUUAAUGAGAGUAGAUGUCAAAUGAGUAUGUGCACAGAAUACUGUAUUCAUUCAGAAUGAUCUCAUGACUGGACUCUCACUAGACUGUUUUAUAUUCUGUUUUUUGCUUUCUUUUUUUUUACAUGGAGAACCUAUUUAUACAUUGUGAUUUUGACCUUAUUGAAGAGAUAUUGUGGUGUAUUGUAAAUAUUAUCAAUACUGUGCCUGUUUAGCAGUGCUGUCUCUUUACUCACAUUGGGCUUCUCUUACUCAAACCAAAAACCUGCUGACAAAUGUGUAAAAAUGUAUGAAAGAGGGAGCAGUGAAAUGUGUAACCUGUAUGCAUAUCAUGAUGAUUCAACAGUAUACAUUUAUGUCCUUCAUUUGACAUAUUAUAUUAAUAUUAUUUAUGUUGGCCGUCCACUGUUUCCCCCCAAUACAUCCUGUAUUGAAUGUUGUAAUCUAAUGUUUACAUGCAUGCACUGAUCUCUCCAACUGGAAAGAUAACAACACCCUAGAGAAAUCAGAUAUUAUCUUUCCCUCAGGCUACAGAAAUAAGUGCCUCAUAGCAGUCGCAAGAUCUCUUAGCCAAAGCAAUAUACUGACCGUUAAAAACUAAUUCUAUAACUUUUUUUUUUUUUGGUUUUUAAUGUAUAUUUGAUUGAAUUGAUACCUUAUUUUUCUUUUCUUUAUUUUUUCUUGGGAACUUCUGAAAACCAUUUGCAAGUCCAUGUGUUGGGUUGUGUUGGGUUGUAUUGGGUGCACUUGUAUGUUGUAGUUUUCAUUUGAAUGAUCUAACUCUUUUUUUGGCAUCCAUCCAUCUCUCCAUCCACCCAUCCGCCUACCCUAUCAAUAGUAUAUAUUAUAUUACAACAAAACCCAAAUAAAAGGUUACAUUUUUCUUGA